UGACGGUAGCGCAUUAAGCCAUGUCGGGCAACUGGGUUCGCUUCAUUUCCUCCCCUCGUUUGCUCUACAGGCCGUCCAUUCUAUGAAACCCCAAAAUCUCCUUUUUCUUCUAUUCUUUCCUUCGAUUUCGUUUAUUUUUCCUUCUCUACCCGCGCACUAUACUUCUCGGUUACGGCCAUGGCGACCACUGAGGAUGAAGGAGGAACCGGCGGCAAGUUCCGCAAGCGGCCUCUGCGGCGUGUUUCGUCCACUCCGUACGACAGGCCGCCGUUAGCGGCUCGUGGAAUCUGCGUGCCACCAUCGGAGAGUGAGGCUGGAGGGAGCCGGUGGUUUUCGAAGCUGGUUGAUCCCACUUCGAGGGUUAUCAUCAGGAGUGCCUCUCGCCUUUUUUCUGUUUUCGGCAAGGGACUCGCCGCUCCUCCUGGGGAAAAUAUCGAUGUAAUUGAAGAGGUUCCAGAAGUGAAAUCCUCGCCUGAAUCAAGAGAGCAAGGUGAAAAUCCCGUUGAUGUAGGGCUCUUAAUAAACUAUGAUGCAAGUGAUAGAUCUGAGAAAGAAUUAAUAUCUGAGCAAGAUCUAAUUUCUAGCACUGAUGCCUUUUUUGAACUCGAACAACUACUCAAGCAGAAAAGGUUUUCAAGGGCUGAAAUUGAUCACUUGGCAGAUAUACUGCAUUCAAGAACUAUUGAACCAUCUACUUUACCAUCAACAGACUACAAGAAUAAGGGGAAGAUAAAUGAGGAUUCUAGUAUUAAUUCAAGCUCAUCACAACAAGCAAUCAAUCAUGAAGAAAACGGAAAGCAGGAGGCAAAUCCUUCAUUAUUGGAAGGUCAAAUGGAGCAGUUGGUUAAUCUACAUGGAAAUGUCACUUCUAGAGUGCAUGUUAAUGUACCUGAGGAAGGUUUUGACUCACCAAUAGAAAUUGCUAGAGCAUAUUUGGGUUCUAAGCCUAGAAGAGCAACUCCAUCUACUGUUGGUUCUCAAAGUCAAAUAUGUCAAAGCAAUGAAGUUUUCCCAUUGAGUUUGCGGUUUGAAAAUAAAUUGUCAGAUUCUGCAAUUGCUUCCAAAUCUGUUGCAUGUUUUCCUAUAACUCCCACGGAUUCAGCAAAUGAAUGGAUGACUCGAAAACCACGAGGCAGAUCAGCAUUAUACAAACUGUCACGCUCUCCCUAUUGUAAACCCUUUGUGAUUACUAAUCCCAGGGAAUAUACUCCUUACAAGGACUACAAUGUUGGUCCAACGACGUCAGUAGAAUGGACUCCCUCACUAUCAAGUAUCAGGCAUUGUGGUCAUGGACAAGCAUUGAAACGGGGUCGCUCAGAUAGGGAUGCAGGAUACUUUGAUGAUGAUGCACGUAGGGUCCGCCAGAAGUUUUGUUUGAAUGAUUUAAAUUUGUCAACUCAUGGAGAUACUUCAUCAACAUUUUUUCUUGGUCGGGAAGACAAACAUGGCAUCGAUUUAAAGGGCUUAGACAAUCUAGAUGAUAGAAUGCCCUCUACAAGUAUUAUCCAUCAUGUUCCUUCUGAGUCCAUGGAGAUGGCUAAAAAGAUAUUGCAUCAACUUGAUAAACUAAAGCCUUCCCCACAAAAUAAAUCUGAAAAGAAAGUUAUUGUUGGAAAUGCAUCAUUCUCCAAGUCAUCUUUCAGCGCAUUGCGUGAUGUUUCUUUAAAAAUCAAGGCCAGCAAUGAUUCAACUAAGUUACUGAAUGUUCGAGGCAGCAGAUUUUUGGAAGAGCCUAGCAGGUCUAACUUAGCCAGAAUCUCAAGUUUUGCUUCUCAUAAUAAAGAUACGGCUGAAGGGGAAGCCUCACUAAUGCCUAAUAUCUCAGGAGCUGAGGUAGCCUCAGUUACCAAGCAUAAUAGUAUGAAGUCCAUGGAUUCAAACAGUAAUGGAUUUACCUUGCUUUCUAUGCAAAAGGAACCAACCACCGUACAGGGUGCUCCAGAUGAUAAAGUUGAGCCCACAAAAGCAGGGCAUGAUAUUCUUGUUUAUGGAAAAGAACCAUGGGAGAAGUCCCCCGAACAUUCCCUUGGAUAUGUGCCUACUUCAGGAUUGAUGCAUACUGAUACUAAAGCCGUUGAUAAAGCUUACACUGAAAGGAAUGUCAGUUGUAACUUCCUUGCUGAACGUACAUCCAACACAUUGUCGAAACCACUUUUAUCUUCUACUAUCGCAACUAAUUUGGCUGAUGGUGCUACUCCAAAGAUGGAAGACUCUGCUUCUCCAUUAAAAAUUGGUUCAAAAGUCUUUACAUAUAGUUCAACUAAGCCUAUAAGCACGGGAAUUAGUGCAAGACUGAAUGCUGGAAGUUUGUCAGCUGUAUCUUCAAGCACUGGCAAUGGAGCACCUAAAUUCCAAUUUGGGUCUGGCAAUUCAACAAGCUAUUCCUUUACAGGUGUGUCAGCUGUAUCUUCAAGCACGGGCAUUGGAGUCCGUAGUCCAGUACCUUUAUCCGUAUAUCCACAUUCAGAAGGCGGUGGUUCUCUGUCAACUCCAGCUGUCUUUCCAAUAUCAGCAAAUGAAGCUUUUGGAGUCAGCUCUUCAUCCACAUCAGGUGGAUCAAGCUUACAGUUUGCUAGUAAUAGUUACCAGAAUACUGCCAGAAACUUUUUUGCAGUAGCGGGAUCAUCUUGUGGAACUCAGGGAAUUUCCUCUGGAAAUGGAGUUACUAAUUUUUCACAUAAAUCUAUAGCUCAGUUUGGCGCUUUGGAUUCACAAGCAGUAUCUGAUGUCAAAACAUUUACUUCAUGUUUCUCUUCUUCGUCUGGUAAUUCCUUCUCAUCAACAGUCACUGGUAGCUUCUCUACAUCUAGUUCCACAUUCUUGUUGUCAUCCUCGUCCAGUACUUCUAUGGGUUCUACGCCUUCUGGGUUUUCAUUUGGAAUGCCAGCUAAUGCUUCAGGCAUUUUGCCAUUUGUAUCGUCAAGGUCGAUAAUGGCGCUUGAAUCAACUGGGACGACAGCCUCAGUAGCCCCUCUUUCUCCUGUUUUUGGUCUAGCCACUUCUACCUUGGGUUUUGGGGCAGGAUCUCUUUCAAAUGAUCAGAUGAUUGUUCUUGAUAGCAGGGCUGGUAGCAAUCUCCAGAGAGCUCCCAUGGCUCCAACACUGGGCCAAGGCCAACCAACCUUUCUCCAGUCAGUUCCUUCUGGAGCUCAAAUAUUUCAGUUUGGAUCCUACCAGAAUAACUCUGCUCGUUAAAAUUCUUCUCCAUUUCAAACAUCUUUUCUUUGGACAGCUGAGGCGGUGAAAGUUCUGAACAGAAAUUCGUCAGCUAGGCGAGUCAAGGUCCAGAGAAAGUAUUAAAUUAUCUUUUGUUGCAGAAACUCCAUUUCUGUGAAUUGUCUUAAUAGUGUAUCUUGGCUAAGUGUUUUCAUGCCAGAGGUAAAAGUCAUUUCUCUUUUAAUGUAAUGCCUAGGUUGAUUCAGGGGCUAAUUGGCCUUUAUAGUUGCUGAGAAGUU